AUGGAUCGGAGGUUGAAGGAAGCUGCGAGAGUUGGAAAUGUUACUAUGUUGAACAAACUAUUGAAGGAGGAUCCUCAGAUACUGAAGAAAGCGUGUUUAGCCCAUUUUGCAGAAUCACCUCUUCAUGUGGCGACACUAGCAGAUCAAGUACAAUUUGUGAGAGAGAUUAUUACUCGAGUGCCUUCAUUAGCCACUCUGCCCAACCAGAAAGGUUUGAUCCCGUUGCACAUGGCUUCAGUAGCUGAGCAUGUUGAUAUAGUGAAGGAGCUCUUAAGUGCGAGGCUUGACAGUAACGAAGUGAACCAGUGCCUUGUGAACGAUGAAGAUGGCUGGACUGCUUUACAUUAUGCAGUUUUCAGAGGUAGGGUUGAUGUGAUGGAAGAGUUAAUCAAGCAUUGUCCUGAGUGUAUAGCAGAAGUGACGGCAAAGAGAGAGACGGUUCUUCAUCUAGCAAUAAAGGCUAAUCAACUUGAAGCUAUGAAGGUGAUAAUGGAGAGGAUCAGAAUCCUUCGAAAUUUCCAGACAUUGCUUGGAGCCAAGGACAUCAACGGCAAGACCAUUUAUGAUCUUGCGAAGGCCAAGAAACAAUUCCAGGUUAUACUGGGCAAAGAAGAGCAGAUGAAUGAUGGGAUAAAGGAGGUCGAAAUUGAAAUUAUCGAUGAGGACCCCGAGGAUGGCCGUAAACCUAAAAUCCCUAAAAAUAAAGAGAAAGAAGAACACAGAAAAGCAGAGUUUGAGAAUGCAAUGCUAGUUGUGGUCACCAUAAUCCUAACGUUAACAUACGAAGGGGUGUUAAAUCCUCCCUCAACACUUUUCAGAGAGGGAACUGAAAUACAUUGGACAUGCCUUUCCGCCAGAAAACACGGCUUAAUAAAGGACAUUAAGAACUGUCCAUCCAAAUUGGCUUUUGCGUUCUUGUUCUUCAACACCUUGAUCUUCUUCGAAUCCACCCUCUACUUGCUUUUCACUUUGCGGGGCCGUCCAUCUUACUCAUGGCUUUCUCCUAUUAUACCGCUUAUGUUGCUAUUCCACUCUGUUUGA